AUGGAUGAAUUUGAUAGAGAACUUGAUAACGAGUUAGAAUUUAGUCAUAAAUCCACCAAAGGAAUUAAGGUACAUCGUACUUUUGAAAGUAUGAAAUUAAAACCAGAACUUUUAAAAGGUAUUUAUGCUUAUGGUUUUGAAGCCCCUUCUGCAAUUCAAUCGAGAGCUAUUAUGCAAAUUAUAAGUGGGAAAGAUACAAUAGCACAAGCUCAAUCGGGUACUGGGAAAACAGCUACUUUUUCCAUUGGUAUGCUUGAAGUUAUUGAUACAAAAUCAAAGGAGUGUCAAGCAUUGAUUUUAUCCCCAACUAGAGAAUUGGCAACCCAGAUUCAAAAUGUCGUGAAACAUCUCGGAGAUUAUAUGAAUAUUCAUACACAUGCAUGUAUUGGAGGUAAAAAUGUGGGUGACGAUGUAAAGAAAUUGCAACAGGGACAACAAAUUGUCAGUGGAACACCGGGAAGAGUUCUUGAUGUUAUCAAAAGAAGAAAUUUGCAAACUAGAAAUAUCAAAGUCUUGAUUUUAGAUGAAGCAGAUGAAUUGUUUACUAAAGGUUUUAAAGAACAAAUUUAUGAAAUUUACAAGCACUUACCACCUGCCGUUCAGGUUGUUGUUGUAAGUGCUACUUUAUCAAGAGAGGUUUUGGAAAUGACAAGUAAAUUUACCACUGAUCCUGUGAAAAUUUUGGUUAAGCAAGAUGAAAUAUCCCUUCUGGGUAUUAAGCAGUACUAUGUGCAAUGUGAACAGGAAGAUUGGAAAUUUGACACUUUGUGUGAUUUGUAUGAUAAUCUUACAAUUACUCAGGCUGUGAUUUUUUGUAAUACAAAGUUGAAAGUUAAUUGGUUGACCGACCAAAUGAGAAAACAAAAUUUUACUGUUGUGUCAAUGCAUGGAGAUAUGAAGCAAGAUGAACGAGAGUCUAUUAUGAACGAUUUUAGAACCGGUAACUCAAGAGUGUUGAUUUCUACUGAUGUUUGGGCUAGAGGUAUCGAUGUUCAACAAGUGUCUUUGGUUAUCAAUUACGAUUUGCCAACAGACAAGGAGAAUUAUAUCCACAGAAUAGGAAGAUCCGGUAGAUUUGGAAGAAAAGGGACUGCUAUCAAUCUCAUAACUAAAGACGAUGUGUCUACGCUAAAAGAACUCGAAAGGCACUAUUCUACCAAGAUCAGAGAGAUGCCAAUGAACAUUAACGAUAUAAUGUGA